CUUUGUAAAACACUCACUGCUGACUCGGACAUCAUGGGUGCCAAAGACACUCCAGUCAAGGCAGACAACACUGUCGAUUACCAGUUGGGUUCAAUCUUGCCUUCUGAUAAACUUUGGUAUCGCCAGACCCAUCUCCUGAAACUCAACUUUAUUAUCUUGUCCCUGGUCUUGUUUGCCUUUGCCAACGGAUACGAUGGCUCUUUGAUAAAUGGUCUAUAAGCCCUUCCCAAGUGGAACGCUUUCAUAGAUAUGCCUACCGGCGCUUGGCUUGGCUUUAUCAAUGCUAUCUACUAGGCAAUGAACGGUGCUGCCUUCUUUAUCGCAGCU